GGCACGACGAAGUAAAUCACCGCGUGUUUUUUUCUAAUCGCUGCAACUGGCUGCUGCUACUGCAAUCCUAAUUCGCUGGCCGAAAUGUCUGUGACGCAGACGAAGCAAAUCAAGUUCUACAACCCAUCGAGUUCCGCCAGCUCCGACAGUUAUCGAAUGAGUGUUGGCCGCAACGCAAAAGGUGAACCGCUGCGAAGGAAAUAAAAGCUCUAAAUCACAUGUGAUCCAUCCACGCCGCCGGCGAUUCGCGUGAGCGUUAGUGAGGGAGUGACCUGACCCAUUUUGGCCAUCGCCUCGCCCGCCGGUUCUCGCUGUGUUCUUGGUUCUUCGUUCCCCGUUCCCACGCCCACGCCGCCCGACAGCGAGAGAUCCCACCGAAAUCACUGCCAGACCGGGCCAAAAAUGAGCAGCAUCACGUUUUUGUGCAGCAAGUCGGCCCACAACAACAACAACAACAGCAAUAGCAGCAGCAGCGAUGUGCCAAAAGCGACCUCAGCCUUUGCAGCCGCAUCCGCCGGUUUACUAACCAUCGCCACCCACCAGCAGCUGCAGCCACAACCACCACACCAUCAGCAGUCAAAGGUUAAGGCUAUAGCAGCCAAAACCAAUGGUCACAUCGAUGAACGUUCGGAUGCCACUGAGCCCCUCUACGUGGAUCCAUAUGCCGACCAGAGCAAUGGCCUUCCCGGGGAGCUCAACUGCUGCCCGGCCUCGCCCACUACAGUGCCUGCAAAAGCGUCGCUGGAGUCCCCGCUGAAACGUUCCGGAAGGAGGCAGCGAACCACAUCUAUUGGCAACCAGACCACCACAGCGAAUCCGUCCGAAUGCAUCAUACGCGCCAACAAUCGCACGAUCUACACGGCCGGACGUCCGCCGUGGUACAAUUGUGCCGGGCAGCAGGUUGAGCCCUUUGUCAUAGGAAUCUGCGGAGGAAGUGCCUCUGGCAAGACCACAGUGGCUGAGAAAAUCAUCGAGAGCCUGGACGUUCCCUGGGUGACGCUCUUAUCCAUGGACUGCUUCUACAAGAUCCUGAAUGAGAAGCAGCAUGAACAGGCCUUGAUCAACGAAUACAACUUUGAUCACCCGGAUGCCUUUGACAUCGAACUGCUGCUGGAUGUGCUUACCAAACUGAAGGAAGGCCGCAAGGUGGAGGUUCCUGUAUACAAUUUUGUGACACAUGGUCGGGAGAGCCAAACGAAAACCAUGUACGGAGCCAAUGUGAUCAUCUUCGAGGGCAUCCUUACCUUCCACAGUCCUGAGGUACUUAAGCUGCUGGAUAUGAAGAUCUUUGUGGACACAGAUCCGGAUAUUCGCCUGGCCAGGCGGUUAAAAAGGGACAUCUCACAGCGCGGUCGCGACCUAAAGGGCGUGCUGAAGCAAUACCUGAAUAUGGUGAAGCCCUCGUAUUGCAACUACAUAGCUCCAACAAUGGCUCAUGCGGACAUCAUUGUGCCUCGUGGAGGCGAGAACAAGGUGGCCAUCCAUCUCAUCGUCCAGCACGUUCAUACACAACUCCAGCUGCGUGGAUUCAAGCUGCGCGAAACGCUGGCCAACUCCUACAAGGACCAGCCUAUGCCCCAUUCUCUGCACCUGCUGCAUCCCACGCCCCAAAUUAAGGGGCUGCACACGUUCAUCCGCUGCCGAAAUACGUCCCGCGAUGAGUUCAUCUUCUACUCGAAGCGCCUCAUUCGGCUAGUCAUCGAGUAUGCCCUUAGCCUGUUUCCUUUUAAGAAAACCACCGUAGAGACGCCUCAGGGUGUUCUUUAUGAAGGCAAACGCAUGGAAUCGCGCAAAAUCUGCGGCGUCUCCAUUCUCCGCGCUGGUGAAACUAUGGAGCAGGCCGUGUGCGAUGUGUGCAAGGACAUUCGCAUAGGAAAAAUCCUUAUCCAGACCAAUCUGAAGACCGGCGAGCCGGAGCUUUACUACCUGAGGCUGCCCAAAGACAUAAAAGACUACAAGGUUAUACUAAUGGACGCCACCGUGGCCACCGGAGCGGCGGCGAUGAUGGCGAUUCGGGUGCUGCUGGAUCACGACGUGCCCGAGGACAACAUCAUCCUGGCCUCGCUGCUUAUGGCCGAGAUCGGUGUGCACUCCAUUGCCUAUGCCUUUCCUAAGGUGAAAAUUGUUACUUCCGCUCUUGAUCCGGAGAUUAAUAGUAAGUUUUAUGUUAUACCCGGCAUUGGAAACUUUGGCGAUCGCUACUUUGGCACGGAGCCCUCCGAUGAGUACUGAGGAGAUCCGUACCAAGCCGCAUCCACACCACUAUGAAACCAUCAUGUUUCUAAUGUAUCCUAGGUUAAGUUCAAAGCGUUACUUAAAUUAUGAAUUCGGAA